ACAUUAAGUUCACUAAUUCCAGAAAAUCUGUCCUCAAGAAAGUAGGGAUCAUGAGACAAGUUGUCCUAUUUUAUCUGCUGCUGUUUUUCACAAUGUAUUCAGCCCAAAAUUACCCAAAUGUGGCUUUGCGUGGCAAAGCAACUCAGUCUCAGCGUUAUGAGGGAGAAUGGGAUGUUUUUGGAGCUGCCUCCAAUGCCAUCGAUGGGAACAGAAAUUCCAACUUCAAAGAUGGAUCUUGCUCCCACACUGCAAGCCAAACCAACCCUUGGUGGAGAGUGGACCUGCUGGACUCGUAUACAAUCACCCAUAUCAUCAUCACCAAUAGAGGAGACUGUUGUCACGAUCGCAUCAAUGGGGCAAAUAUUCACAUCGGAAACUCUUUAACACUCAACGGUGCUGCAAACCCACUGGUUGCUACAAUCUCUGAAAUUCAAAGUGGGAAUUCUCAUAGAAUAGAUAUUCCUGGCCCAAAGGAGGGACGUUUUGUCACAGUUAUGAUAGCUGGUUCAGACAAAAUUCUAACACUCUGUGAAGUAGAGGUCUAUGGCUACCGCACCCCAACAGGUGAGAGUAGAAUAACUAUAAUAAAUCCAACACUUUCCCUUCAAGGCAAAGCCACACAGUCGUCGCUGUUUGAGUUUGGUUUUGCAUACAACGCGAUUGACGGGAAUCGCAACAACGAGUGGGAUAAGGGCUCUUGCUCGCACACACACUACGAUCACAUGCCCUGGUGGCGACUGGAUUUGCGUAAAACACGCAAAGUGUUUUCCGUUACCGUCGUCAACCGGGUUGAGGCAGCUGAAGAACGACUCAACCAAACCGAGAUCCGCAUUGGAGAUUCUCUUGACGACGACGGCAACAACAAUCCCAGAUGUGCUGAGAUCAUAGUUUCCCCAGGAAAAGUUCUUUAUGAGUUUCAGUGUAAUGGGAUGGAAGGACGCUACGUGAACAUUGUUAAUCCCAACGGAAACGAUUACCUCACUCUUUGUGAGGUUGAGGUUUAUGGCUCCACGCUUGAAUAAAGCUUAUAUUGGCAAAAAAUCUUUGUUUUGUU